AUGGCAUUCCAGCCUCUCCUACGGCAUAGCGCCGCGCCUGUGGCAGCCCUGACUGCGGCUUUCGCUCUUCAGAGAACCGCCUACGCCGAGGAGCUCCAACACGUACGACCACCCUUCAAUACCUCACCUACACAAGCCAAUCUUUCUCACACCAUGCUGCAGCACACGCGCAAACCCAUCUACGACUCUCCGGCCUCAGCCGCUCCCUCCCCCGCCGCCAUCCACGACACCACCAUCCACCCGGAGCCCGUCACACCCCCAGUUCGCGAUGAACAAAAGCAAUCGACAAAGGUAACCGCCGAGACCGUCGCCGCCCGCGUCCUCGGCCAACCCGCCUCGCCAACACCCACUGUCCGCCUGGCCGAACAAAUCAAGCGCGCCCGCGUCUUCCUCCACGCCCAAGCCGUCAAAGCCGAAGAUAACGUCGACAAAGGCCUCACCAAAGCACUCAACCUCGAGCACUCCUUCAUCUCCACAUUGCAAUCCCUCGCCCCUCCCAGAGAAAGCGGCGAACGUCUUCUCCCCGGCUCCGUCUACGUUCUCGUCGCAGCCAUGGCCGGCAGCAUCGUUGCCAGAAACCGCAACAUCCUGCUCCGUGGUAUCGUGCCCGUUGCCGCUGGAGUUGGAACUUCUUAUGCUGUUCUCCCCAUCACCACCCGCAAUGUUGGAGAUUUGAUCUGGAAGUACGAGGAAAAGUACCCUGUCGUCCGCGAUAACCACAUUCGUGUCCGUGAUGGUGUUUCUCACUUCAUCGAGACUGGAAAGGCACACUCGCAGAUGGGUUACUAUCAAGCUGUCGAUAAGGUCCAGGGCGUGCGUGAAGCCGUCGAGGAGUGGGUCAGAAAGGGCAAAUAA